UACAACUUCCAUUAAGAACCGGGCGGGGGCGGAGGGCCAGGGCCGAGGAGGGCUGGUACGUCUUUAAACCGCUGCUGGCUGCUUAGUCACAGCCCCUCGCUUGGGUGUGUCCUUCACUCGCUCCCUCCCUCUUAGGUCACUCUUUCAACCCUGGAAUAAAAACUGCAGCCAACUUCCGAGGCGGCCUCAUUGCCCAGCGGCCCCCAGCCUCGGACAGGUUCGGUCCGCCCUCGUCGCCGCGUCCUCGGCCCGCACCCCGCCCCGCGCCCCGGAACCCCCCAGCUCCACUUGCUUGCUCUGGCGGUUCGCGCACACACACCAUGGACAAGCUCUGGUGGCGCGCAGCCUGGGGACUCUGCCUCGUGCAGCUGAGCCUGGCGCAGUUGCAGAUCGAUCUGAAUAUAACCUGCCGCUAUGCAGGUGUAUUCCAUGUGGAGAAGAACGGUCGCUACAGCAUCUCUCGGACGGAGGCACCUGACCUCUGCAAGGCUUUCAACAGUACCCUGCCCACCAUGGCCCAGAUGCAACAGGCUCUAGCCAUGGGAUUUGAGACCUGCAGGUACGGGUUCAUACAAGGCCACGUGGUGAUUCCCCGGAUCCAUCCCAACGCCAUCUGUGCAGCAAACAACACAGGAGUGUACAUCCUCACCUCCAACACCUCCCACUACGACACAUAUUGCUUCAACGCUUCAGCUCCACUCGACGAAGAAGAUUGUACAUCAGUCACAGACCUGCCCAAUUCGUUUGAUGGCAAAGUUACCAUAACCAUUGUCAACCGCGACGGGACCCGCUACAGCAAGAAAGGUGCCGAAUACAGGACGCACGAGGAAGACAUCAACCCCAGCCAACCUAUCGACGAGGACAUGAGCAGCGGCUCCUCCAGUGAAAGGAGCACUUCAGGGGGUUACACCAUCUUCCACACCCACCUGCCCACUUCCCAACCAUCCACAGACCAAGAGGACGCCGGGGCCUCCGAGAACAACCCCACCACCAUUACCUCCACUGUGCACUCAAACAGCCGUGCAUCAGCUCAGAAGAGAAGUAAUUGGAUAUGGUCCUGGUUUGGUAAUUCACAGCCUAAGACUCAGGAUCUCACAACAACAGCAGCCACAGUCAUGGUUACCACAGCUUUGAUGAGCACUAGUGCUACUGCUCCUGAAACAGCAACCAAGAAGCAAGAGGCCCAGGACUGGCUUUCAUGGUUGUUUCAACCAUCAGAGUCCAGGAAUCAUCUUCUUAUGACAACAACGUCUGGUAUGGAUUCAAAUGCCAUCUCAACAGGCUGGGAGCCAAAUGAAGAGAACGAAGAUGAAAGAGACAAACACGUCAGUUUUUCUGGAUCAGGCAUUGAUGAUGAUGAAGACUUUGUCUCCAGCACCAUUUCAACCACUCCACGGGUUUCUGACCACACAGAACAGAACCAGGACUGGAACCAAUGGAGGCCAAGCCAUUCAAACCCAGAAGCACCACUUGAGACAACCACAAGAAUAACUGAUGUAGACAGAAAUGGCCCCAGUGCUCACGGAGAAAACCGGACCCAGGAACCACAGCCUCCUCUCAUUCACCAUGAGCCUCAGGAUGAAGAGGAGGCCCCACAUUCAACAAGCACAACCUGGGAAACUUCUAGUAGUACAACAGAAGAAACAGCCACACAGCGAGAACAGUGGUUUGGGAAUGGAUGGCACGGGGGAUAUCACCAAACACCAAGAGGAGAAUCUCAUUCAACAGCGGGGACAACUGAAGCUUCAGUCCACGACGGCCAUCCAGAUCAAAGAAUGACAACACAGCGUCAAGAGGACUAUUUCUGGACUGAUUACUUUGACCCAAUCUCACAUCCAAUGGGACGAGGUCAUCAGACAGAAAGAACCAUGGAUGUGGACUCCAGUCAUAGUACAACGCUUCAGCCUCCUGUCGAUCCAAACACAGAUUCGGUGGAAGACGUCAACGGGACAGGACCUAUUUCAGUGACAACUCAGCACAGUCAUUCCCAGAGCUUCUCUACGUCACAUGGAGAACUGGAAGAAGAUAAAGAGCAAACAACAGUUUCUACUAUCACAUCUGGCAAUAGGAAUGAUGGCAGAGGUGGAAGAAGAGGUGGAAAUCCUCCUGAAGACUCCACUACCUCAUUGGAAGGUAAAACCUCCCACUACCCAGACACAAGGGAAAACAGGACCCUCAUGCCAGUGACCCCUGCUCAGCCUGGGGUCUUUGGAGUCACUGAAGUUCCUGUUGGAGAUUUCACCUCUAAUGUUGAUGGCUCUUUACCAGGAGACCAAGACGCAGGUGGGAGGUCCCAUACCACACAUGGAUCUGGAUCUGCUGGACAUUCAAGUGGGAGUCAAGAAGGUGGGGCAACCACAACUUCUGGGCCUAUAAGGAAACCCCACAUUCCAGAGUGGCUCAUCAUCUUGGCCUCCCUCUUGGCCCUGGCUUUGAUUCUCGCAGUCUGCAUUGCUGUCAACAGUCGGAGAAGGUGUGGGCAGAAGAAAAAGCUGGUGAUCAACAAUGGCAAUGGGACCGUGGAUGACAGAAAGCCAAGUGGACUCAACGGGGAAGCCAGCAAGUCUCAGGAAAUGGUGCAUUUGGUGAACAAGGAGUCAUCGGAGACCCCAGACCAAUUUAUGACAGCCGAUGAGACACGGAACCUGCAGAAUGUGGACAUGAAGAUCGGCGUGUAACAUCUACACCAUUAACUUGAAAAGAAACCACAGUUUGAAAUAUAACCAUUACAGGGAGCUGGGACACUUCACAGAUGCAAUGUGCUACUGAUUGUUUUAUUGGGGACUUUUUUUUAGCAUAAAAUUUUCUACUCUUUUUUGUUUUUUUGUGUUUUUUUUUAUGUUUUUAAAAAUCAGGUCCAAUUUAUAAAAACAGCAUUGCUUUCUGACAUUAGGACUCAGUUAAUAAUCCACAAGAAUCUGACAGUUCCAGUUCCCCACUAGAGGCCUUCACCCCUGCAGGGUGAGCUAAAGAUGGCUUCUAACAAAGACCACAAAUACAUGUGUCUGAUUCCCAACCUUCUCCACACCCCACCUCCCAGCUAACAGUCACCAGCUAAGGACAUUCCCAGGGGCUAAGAGGGAUUGGUCCCUGGGAGGAAAUCUGAAUGGGCCCAUAUUGUCCCUCCGGCAGCCCGUCCCUGGGCAUUGCUCUCCAGUGAGGGUAGGGUCUGGGGUGUACUGGUUAUACAUCCCUUUUAACAAACAGACCCCUCCUGGAAAUUUUUCAGAUGCUUCUGGGAGACACCCAAAGGGUGAAGCUAUUUAUCUGUAGUAAGCUAUUUAUCUGUGUUUUUGAAAUAUUAAACCCUGGAGGUCCUUUGAUCAGUAUGAUUUUUUUUUUUUUAGGUUACUUUGUCAGAGGCAUAAAAGGGUUUCAGCUGAUACCUAAUAAAUAUCUGUACUUCUUCCAUUUUAACCCUUUGUGCUGUGAUCCUUCUGUCUCUAAAACCAGCAAUGCCUGGGUCUCUAGGGCUCAUUGGGAUAAUCUGAGAAUGGUCCUUUUUAAACUCAUCUCAGAGUCCCUGGACUCCCACUCAGGAUCCCUCAGCCAAACCUCACAGACCAAGGAAGCCAGCACUGUUUGAUUUCUGAGGCUGUUCAAAAGCUUUGUCUCGGAUCCUGGAGUCAGAAUUGUGAGCAGAAGAGCUUCAGCCGCUUUGGGGUUUUAAUGGCCACCUUUCUGUCCCCUUGAAGGGCUUUAAGAAAUCAUAUUCCAUUUUACCACCUGACCCUAGUGGUGAUUUCCAAAAACCAUAUCAUAAUGCCUUUUGACCUCUCAUGAUUAUAAACGAAAAAGUAUGGUCAGUGGCCAACUGAUUGGCAUAGGUUGGUGUGGGGGGGUAUGUGGUAAAGAUCUUAUUCCACUAUUUUAUGGCAUAUUUGUUUGUCUGCCCCCCAUGUAGUUUCUGACGGGGAUGAGUUAAGUUCCUGGGGAAUCCCUCAAAAGGUUACAGGGUUUCCCACCACUGGAAUCUUAUCACCAGAAAAGCAGGUUUAUGGCUAAACAAGAGAAUAAUGGCUUUAUCCUCUGUCCUGUGUUUUUCCAACUUGGCAAGUCCUUUGGGGCACCUCUUCAUCAUUCAGGAUGUGCCAUUGGUCCUGGAACUUCCAAGGGCUACUCAUAACCCAUAAGGUUGACGCUCUCAAGUAAGGGUUCUCCUUCUUUAGGCUUCCAGAAAAGUCGCUCAUUGCCUGAACUGCUGUGCUUCACAGGCAAUGUUUUUCAAGUCAAAAAUAGGAGAAGAAGGGGGAAAAAAAUUCCCUUCUUAAAAAUGAGGACUGGUUUGUACAAAGAGUUGACAGGAAGGAUAUAUUUAAAGGAGAGAUGCAAACUUUCCACUCCUUCCCAACCGCUGCUCUUCCUACCCGCUCUGACCUUCUCCCUCCGCUCUGGCCACAAUCUUAAAAAUGAAAACUCCUUUCUCUCCUUCUGUGAAUGUUUUUGGCUACUUGCAUGUUCAGAUACCUGGUUUUCUUUUUUAUUUUCCUUUUCAAGUUGAAAGAAAAUGGACAUCAGGUUUCUCUGGGUUGUUACUCCCACCAGUAUUAAAAAUUCCCCUUUUUUCUAAGGGAUUUCUUGGCUCUGCCACACACCCAGAUAGGCUCCCUCAGGCUCCUUAACCUGAAUGCCACAAGCCACUCUGGGAUCGGCUUUAAGAGGGCCCUGCCAGGCUCCACCUGUCCCCCAGAUUCUUUUGGGGGCACAUUGGAGAGUCAAGUCUCACAGCUAAAGAUGAUUUCCCGCCCGUUCUAGACAUUAUCCAACAAAUAGGCGGGGUAGGAAAUGAUUUGACAUAAUGGCCAUGACUCUGAAAGCAUAUUUGACCACAUAUCAUUCCUACCAAUGACAUGCCAGGUGGCCUGGACUAAGUCAUUAAACUGGGCCUUGUUACGAAAGUAAGGGGCUACCAUUUAACUAUAUCACAAAGCAACCCGAGAGCUUAAGGCAUAAUUUUCCCCGCAAUUGUCAAUCUUUUAUGUCUCCUAAGGGCCUUCCUUAAAUUAGCUCUGGGUGAAAAAAAUCAAAUGAGGCAAAAGAUACCUCCAAGUCCCCAUUUUGCAGGUUCUAGCCUGUCAACAUGUAUUCUUCCACCAGAACCUCUCAAAAGGUUUUGCACUGAAACCCAUAACAUCAAGAAUCAGUUUUGUGUCAACAUUCACUCAGUGAUGUCACAGCAGAGCAGUAGAAGAGAGGAAAUAUCCAACUUCUCUGGAAGAAUGAAAUAUCCUUAAGAACAAGAAUAACAGGUUCAUUUGCUUUUGUCCUAGGUGUGUCUUAUUAUAAGUCCUCGGUGUGGAUUUAGCAAAGACUGGCCUAUUUUGUUCAUGUUUGUACAAUGAUCAUUGCUAUUGCUACUUGGAUUUUUUCAGAGCAUACCCUUCCUCUGGUUUUGUAUAUUUAUUGAUGGACCAAUAAUAAUGAGGAAAGCAUGACAUGUACUCUGCCUGGUUGAAAGCACUUAUUGGAAAAUAUUAAAAGGCUAACAUUAAAAGGCAAAAGGAAAUGGA